AUGGUGGGUUGUUUCUCCUGCUAUGCAGCAAGAGACAUUAUAACAACGGGGCAAAACAUCAGUGAUGGUUCAGAUUAUUUAGAAUCUCCGGAGAAGAAGUUUCAAAUGGGCUUCUUUUCACGUGAGGAAUCAUCAGAAGUAAGACGAUAUGUGGGGGUAUGGUAUACCAUGGAUCCAAAGACCGUAGUGUGGGUGGCUAAUCGUGAUAAACCAGUGCUGGAUUCCACUGGAGUUCUUGCUGUUUCAGAAGAAGGUAGCCUUAAGCUGUUCGAUGGAAAUCGAGUUGAAUACUUCUCUACAGACACAGACGGAGAUUCUUUAAAGGCACUGAAGUUGGAGGAUACCGGAAAUGCUGUAUUGAUACAUUGUACAUCAAGAAUCACAUUGUGGGAGAGCUUUAAAACGGCAACAGAUACGCUUCUUCCAGGUAUGAUGAUGAGCUCAACCGUAAGAACAUUGACAUCCUGGAAAAGUUUAGAAGACCCUGCAUGUGGACGCUUUGUGUUUCAGCUAGAUCCAGUUACAAACCGAUACUGCAUUUUUGACUCAUCACUUGGUCAUUAUAGUUGGAAAAGUGGGAGCAUGUCGAAGAAUAGCUUUGAUGAUAAUCAAAUUUACCCUCAGGCAUUAAAAUUUCUGUAUAGCACUAAAAAGAAACAAAAUAUAUCUCUUCUUAACAGAGCACUUCCAAACUAUAACGGAAUCGAGCCUUACUCAAGGCUGGUAAUGAAUCAUACUGGGCAUAUACAAUAUUUUAGUUGGUCAAAUGGGUCAGAACACUGGGUUUUGGAUUGGCAAGAGCCAAAAGAUAAUUGUAGUAGAUAUGGUGUGUGUGGCUUAUUUGGGAUGUGCACCCAAAAUAAGGAUUCGUUCACAUGUAGUUGUUUGCAUGGAUUUGAACCUACUUCACCCGAUGAGUAUAAGGCUCGUGAUUAUAAGUCUGGAUGCAAGAGAACUUCUGAAAUUAUAUGUGAUAGAGGAACAAACGACACAUUCCUGAAUAAAACGAUGAUUAGUAUGGAUGAUACAACCCUACCUUUCUUUAAAUCAGAAAAUGAAUCGGAAUGCAUAAAGAAGUGCCUUGAAAACUGCACGUGUUUGGCUUAUUCUUUUAGUUCUCCAAACAAGGGAGAGAUAUUGGACCUAAGUCGCAAUGCAACCCAAGGCGGUUGCUGGUUCUGGGAUUCUGCACCAAAUAAUCUUCGAGCCAACGGUUUACAUACUAUUUCUUUUCGUGUUUCUAAAGGUUCUAUCAUCUAUUCAUCAUCUGGAAAAUCAAAGCCUGAAACCGAAAAACGUCUUCUUGCUAUUGUUAUUGUUGUUACGGGUCUGGUGAUUUCAACAUUUUGUGGUAUUAGCUAUAUUUUGUUUAAAAUAUUGGUGAAUAGAAGUGAAAACAACCAAGGAAACAUAGAAGUUCAAUCUAGUGAUCUGAGGAGACGUAUCGGUAUCACGGAGUUACUUGAUCUAGAUCACUCAAAAGAAGAUGACAGAGAAGGCAUUGAUGUGCCAUAUUUUGAGUUGGAAAGCAUAAUGGCUGCUACUGAUGACUUCUCAGAGAAAAAUAGACUUGGACAAGGUGGAUUUGGGCCUGUGUACAAGGGUAAGCUUCCUGGAGGCAAAGAAAUUGCUGUGAAGCGGUUGUCAAGCCUCUCUGGACAAGGUUUACAAGAGUUCAAAAAUGAGGUUAUGCUGAUUGCUAAACUUCAACAUCGAAAUCUUGUAAGACUAGUGGGAUAUUGCAUUGUUGGAGAAGAAAAGAUGCUACUCUAUGAAUACAUGCCAAAUAGAAGCCUAGACAAGUUCAUAUUUGAUCGAACGAUGUGCACAUCACUGGGCUGGGAAAUGCGAUUCGAUAUCAUUAUGGGAAUUGCUAGAGGACUAAACUAUCUCCACCAUGAUUCUCGGUUGAGGGUUAUUCACAGGGAUUUGAAAACAAUUCAAGGUAAAGAUUUAGAAGCUACCACCGGAAGAGUCAUGGGAACUUUUGGUUAUAUGUCACCAGAGUACGCACUAGAUGGGUUGUUCUCUAUAAAAUCUGAUGUAUUUAGCUUUGGAGUAGUAAUGCUAGAGAUUGUAAGUGGGAAAAGAAACAUUGGAUUCUAUCAAUCCCGCAGAAGUAUAAGUCUUUUAGGACAUGCAUGGAACUUAUGGAAAGAAGAUAAGCCAUUUGAGUUGAUGGAUCAAAUACUAAUGGAAUCAUGCAAUUCGAGUGAUGUAUUGAAGUGUAUAAUUGUCGGACUCCUGUGCGUACAAGGAGACCCUGAUGAUCGUCCAAACAUGACGAACAUUAUUUUGAUGCUUAGUGGUGAUAUUGUCACGCUUCCAAGUCCAAAAGAACCAGCGUUCAUUCCAGGGAGGGACUACGCUAUUUCCUCGUCCUCUAGUUCUUCUAUGACAAAUACGCACUCUAAAAACAUGUUGACAAUCACUAAGCUAGAUGGACGCUGAUCGAGAGGGUAUUUAUUUUACCCAUGAAGUGUAUUUGUGUUUAUCAAAUAUAUGAUUCUC